UGUGCGUUAUGCAUACAUGUGUGAGAUGGGAACGAUAUGAAAUUUAAAAAUAACAUGCGGUAUUUUUGAAAUCACAUAAAACGUUCACCGGCAAGAAUUUACGUCUAUCAGUAUUAUUAUUAGUUACCCUAACUGUUGAACAGUCUCGGAAUAGUUGUUCGGAUAUUUUUGCGCAAUAACUUAAUUCAAACGGUAAAAUUUUGUGAAUCAACCCAUAAUGGAACGUUUAUGGCAUAAAGAAUCCGAUGCAGUCGGUGCAACAUAUGUCGAUCUGUUCAAAUCCGUACCAAAAUCGAUUAUCAACAAUGUACCGUCAUCGAAUCGAUGUUGCAAGAAUAACGAGACGUCAACCGCGUUGCGCACCGAGGGCAAUAAAAAAUUUCUGGCAGAAAAAUGGGAAGAUGCGAUGCAAUACUACAACUGGAGUUUGUGUUUCGCCGAAAAUGAAUCUGAAAAUGUUGGCUUAGCCUACGCAAAUCGAUCGGCCUGUUUCUUCCACAUGAAAAUGCACGACAAAGUUAUCGUUGACGUUGAAUUGGCGAAGCGAUCGAACGUGCCUGAUCGCCUGUUGCCGAAGCUGCAGCAACGCAAACGGGACAGUGAGAAUGUGAAAAAAAUUCAGUCACGUCAGUUCGAGUGGACACCGAAGUUAAGCUAUCCGGCCAACGAAAAUUGGCCGUGUAUGUCUGAUGUCGUCGAAGUGAGAAGAAAUGUGGAAUUCGGUCGACACAUGGUGGCUAAGUGUGAUAUUCCGGCUGGUAAAAUUAUUUUACUGGAGGAGAACUUUAUGAUGGUGAAGAACAAUGACGAGCCGCUGUGUUAUACGUGCUUCCGCAAUCAAGCCAAUUUCAUACCUUGUGCAAAAUGUUCAGUGGUCAUCUUUUGCAGUACCGAAUGCAUGGACCGAAACACGACACAUAAAUUCGAAUGUGGAACGUUUUUCCACACGUUGCACAUAGAGGACAAGUUCCAGAUCAAACUCAUUCUAUUGGCCAUAGAACUGUUCGACAGUGCGGAAAACUUGAUGAAAUUCGUUGAUGAGAUUCUGGCCGAAGAUCCGUCAAAAUUGCCCGCGGCGUUACAUGACGCGAAAUCGAAGUACCAUUUCUUCUUAAAAUUGGGAAAAGUGCCACCGACGACAUUCGACAUCACUUCCGAAACAUACAAAAUCUGUCGAAACGUAAUGGCGAUUCCGAAAAUCGGAGAUCUAUUCAACACAACGGAGAAGCAACGUUUCAUCACUCAUUUGGUCGCACACCAUUUCCUCGCUACGAACAAUAACACUUACGGUGACGAAUCGAACACAACCGUCGCAUUGGUCCUGUCGAUGUUGAACCAUUCGUGUUCGCCAAACUUGCACAAUUAUGCGGUUCGACAUAAAAGAUGCAGCGUGACCAUUCGUCCGGUCAAAAAGGGCCAGCAAUUGUUUACAACGUAUUUAACCGAUGGCGAAAAACCGUUGGAACAACGACAAAAAGAACUGAAACAAUGGUGGGGAUUCGAAUGCAAAUGCGAAUAUUGUCGCUCGGGGAAUCGAUCGAUGGACGUGAAAAUGGCGCUAACGAAUCCAACACUCAGAUACGUGCUCGCUAAUUAUUCAAUCAAAGAAAAUCAUUCGGUUGUGAUGGACAAAUGCCUCAAAUUUCUGAACAAACGGACCAAUGCGCCCUGGUCGAUGGAUAUUCAAGUGAUGGCAGCUGUGUUGGGACAUAUUUACAAUGCAAUGCAGACAUAAUAGGCAUAAUUGUGUGUCAUUCAUUCAAUGUUGAUAAGAUAUUUUAUCGCAUGCGGAGCGUGUGGAUGGGUGUUAUGUACACGACGGAGACAUAAGGGCCUCGUCCUGGAGGAUAAAGAAUUUACAAGCAAAAUUACAGCUCCAGCUCACUGCGAUAAAAUACCUUAUUGACCCAACAUAGCAAUAAUGUACCGUUACAUUUGCCUCAUAUCGAAACUAGGGUCGGCGUACCAGUCUCCGGACAUGUUAUCAGCAAUAGGACAGGACAUCUAUUGUUCUUUUAAUGAUAAACUAAUUUAUGAAUGAAAUAUCAAUAGGUGGCCGACUAGAUGGUAUACAUGUCCGGAAACUGAUGCCCGUCACCGUGCGACAUUUAAUCGAUUUGUCAAUUAAUCGAAAAACAUGUGUUUUCAUGUUCUCGAAUAAUAUUUUGUGUGUUGACAACAACUAGACAACCGGCGUGCUGUUUCUUUUACAAAUUUUGUUAAUAUUUUUGUGUGAGUGACCGACACAUUUUUGAAAUUUUUGUCUCGUUUUAAUUUGUGAUUAGUUUUACGCAAUGAAAGUAUAAACCAGGUAUGGUCUGUUCAUACAAGCCGGA